AUGCGGGAGGGGCCUUGUUUCGGGUCGGUGACUGGAAAAGGUCAAGCUGCAAGAGGAGCAGCUUCAUCGGGUGGAAACGGCCUGAAAGGCGGAGUCCUGCCGACUCAGCAACAGGCUGCAGCUUCCAGUCCCACCGCUGGCUUUCACUACCUGGGGCCAAACGAGAAGCACCAGAACCUGGCUUCACCUGCGUCACAAGAUAAAACGUACAAACAGAACCGGCUGCACCUGGGCUCCGAAUCAGAUGUUGUUUUUGGUGAAGACGGAACCGCUGACCCCGACAGAACCAGAUCCAUAAAAACCAAAGCCGCCGCUGCUGGUUCAGAGGCAGAAAACAUCCGUCCUGAUGCAACACCGAGCGCGUCUGCAGCAAAGGAGACGGGCAGCAAGAGCGCCCCUAGUGGGGAAACUGAUUUCGGACAAGGCGUCUACCCUGCAGCUGGAUACGGAAACCAAUAUGGAGGUGGAACCACUCAGGUUUCAUUUGGUGAAGCUCCUGCUGGAUUUGACGGAAUAAGUCAGUUGGACGCUCAGCCUGCAGGCCUUCUUCCAAACGGAGCGCCUCCUGGUGGUCAGACGCUCGGACUGACUGCGGAGAAAUCGAACUCCAAAUACGGUGUUGGCGGGCUGCAGUUUGGGGAACCUGUCCAUCUGGGAACCAACGGGGCGGGAAACUACGGUUACGGAGUUAACCUGCAUCUGCCUGCAGGCGACGGUAAAGCAACUGGAAAAUACGGAUAUGGAGGCGUCCUAAACGGUGGGCAGCUUUUAGGCCUGGGUAAUCAUGGAAAUAUUCCAGAUUAUGGGACUCUUCCUUAUGAAGCUCAACCAGCUGGAUUUACUCCGGAAGCGAUUUCUGCCAGCCAAUAUGGCCUCAUUGGAUCGCCGUAUCAUCCUGCACCUUCUGGAUCUGGAUAUAACGGGAAAUCAGCUGCAAAAUAUGGUGGUGGAGAGACUCCCUACGCGCCACAGAUUCUUGGUUUGGGAGAAGCAAAAUCAGGAAAAUACGCAGGUAAACAGAAAGCUCACCAGUCUCAGCCUCUUGAAUCUGCAGCUGGAGAGAACGUGGGCUACUUAAAAGGACAAGUGAAGCCAGAAGCGGUUGCAUUUCCCACUCCCAGUCCGUCCCUGGAGGACUCGCCAGACCUUGUAGGCUCCUUCACACUGGAUGAAGGUGUGCAGGAUUUAUCUGACGGCACGGCGGGUUUACUGGACUCUUCACCUGCUACAGAGACGCAGGGCGAAUCUCACCUGCCUGAGAAUCCGGAUGACCUGCAGCUGCCACGGCAGAUACAAAUUCAGCAGCAACUCAAGCUGCAUUUCCACCCUCAAGGCAAGUCCUGGAGCUGCUACAAUCUCCGCUGCAGGGCUUUGCAAAAUUUUUCAGACAAGGAAUGAUUAAUAGUUUGUUUUAUUCAAAUUAGUUCAGAUAGAUUGACUUUUAGACCUUAUUUUAGUGUUGUAGUUUGGCCGCCAUCCACCAGAGGGCGCCACUGGUAAUCUGACUUGAAGCGCAGCCGUUCAUAAGCGAAUCAAAGAUGGCGGAGCCAUACCGUAACAGUAACAGUUCAAACAAGAGUUCGGUUUGGGAUACAAAAUGCACUUUAUGCGGUUCUGUUUUGACAUUUAAACACCCGACAAAACUCCUUUAGUUGUUUUUUAAAAUAAAUACUCGAUAAGAGCCUUAAUUCUCACCUUUUAUAGCG